AUGGAAACUAGAGAGGGGAUGCGUCAUGGGCUGCGCUUAACUGAUGCAGUGUUUUCUUGGUCUUUGAGAGAUGUGAUGAACCAAAAUUUGUACAGAAACAAGGUUAAGGAAAUCCCAGAGACUUUCUUGUCCACAAAUCAUUACCUAAAGUCGUUCAUCUAUCCACUUCUUGAAGAAACACGUGCGGAUUUGUGUUCAAACAUAAACUCGCUCCGUAAUGCCCCUGCUUGUGAGGUCUUGGAUGUUAAAACCUCUAAGGAUUUCAAGCUUCCUAAAGAUCUGUUCUACGAAGUUCGCUUGAAGACAGGUAGAGAGGGUGAUGAUGGUGAGGCAAGAACACCAUAUAAACCAGAGGCUGGAAAUCUGAUUGCGUUUUCUGAUGUGAGGCCUAAGCGCAGUGAGGAUCUGAACAGACCAAAGACACCUUAUCUCAUUGCUGAAGUGCUGGGCAAGGAAGAUGAAGGUUCAGAUUGGGUUUCCAUCCUGUCUUCAAAGCCCAUUACCUUCCGGAGAAUGGAAGUGGGAGCUAAGCUUUUUGUUGUUCAUCUUACUAGUUUGACAACGAAUGUUCGCAUAUGGAAUUGUCUGAAUGUGUACCCAGAAACUCCAAACUUAAAGUUGAUAAAAACAGUGUUGCAAAGUGAUCCAAAUGAUGGAGAAGGAAAUUGUGACCAUUGCACUCAGAGAGAAACUGAAGAAACUGUGUUAUUGAAUGCUAUUCAUUCCCUUGGAUUGGAUGAUUCCCAGGAAAACGCUGUUCUGAGCCGUGUAGAAUCAAGAGAAACUGAAGAAACUGUGUUAUUGAAUGCUAUUCACUCCCUUGGAUUGGAUGAUUCCCAGGAAAAGGCCGUUUUGAGCUGUGUAAAAGCGGCACAAUGUGUUCACAAAAAUUCUGUUAAGCUGAUUUGGGGUCCUCCUGGAACUGGGAAAACAAAGACAGUUGCCUCCUUGUUAUCUGUCCUCUUCGAUAUGAAAUGCAGAACUUUAACUUGUGCUCCAACAAACAUUGCAGUUGUAGGAGUUACGAAGCGGCUUAUGGAACUGAUAAGGCAUAGUGAUUCUCUCCAGUACGAUACUUAUGGUCUAGGAGACAUUGUUUUGUGUGGCAAUGGGGAAAGAAUGAAGGUCAAAGAUAAUGAGGAUCUACUGGAUGUGUUUCUGGAUCAUCGUGUUGAUGCUCUUGCUCAGUGUUUGUCACCAGUUGAUGGUUGGAAAGUGGAGUUAAAUUGGAUGAUACAUUUGCUUGAGGUACCUGAAGAGGAAUAUAACAAGUACUUGAAAGAAAUAGAAGAAAAUACUAGUAGUAGUAGUAGUAGUGAAGAUGAUUGCAAUGGAGAUGUUACAGUUUGGACAUUUGAGGAAUUCAUUUUGAACGAGUAUGAAUCCUUGGCGGAGCGAAACCUGGAAGACGGAUCUAUGGACUUGAGGGGAAUGAAUUUUGUUUUUUCUAGGUGGGGAUUGGAAACAACAAAAUCAGAGUGUGUUGCAAUACUGACACUUCUUUGUGACGAGAUUGUUCUCCCAGACUUUUCUGAGAAGUUUGAAAUUCGACGGUUUUGUUUGAAAGAAGCUGUCUUGAUUUUCUCUACUGCCUCGGCUUCAUUCACUUUGCACACUGAAUUUAUGAUUCCAACAGAGAAAUUGCCUGAUCACCUUAAAGUGUUUAAGCGAGUAGAGGUGUUGGUUGUUGAUGAAGCUGCUCAGCUUAAAGAAUGUGAAUCCACUAUUCCUUUGCAGCCACCCGGGCUUCGCCAUGCUAUACUCAUUGGAGAUGAGAAACAAUUGCCAGCAAUGGUUCAGAGCAAGAUGUGUGAGAAGGCUGAUUUUGGGAGGAGCUUGUUUGAGAGGCUGGUUAAAUUAGGACACAGAAAGCACCUCCUCAACAUUCAAUACAGAAUGCACCCCUCAAUUAGUUUGUUCCCGAAUAAGAAGUUCUAUAAUGAGAAGGUCAUGAAUGGUCCUAAUGUGAUGAAAAUAGGAUAUGAGAAGCGAUUCCUUAGAGGAAACAUGUAUGGACCUUUUUCAUUCUUUAAUGUAAGCCAAGGAAAGGAGGAGCGUAAUGGCAAAAGCAGUAGUAAAAACGUUGCAGAAGUUUUCGCAGUAGCUGAGAUUGUUGCUAUGCUGUAUAGAGAGUCUCUAGCUUCAAAACAAAGACUUCGUGUUGGCUGCAUUUCACCAUAUAAGGCUCAGGUUUUCGCAAUUCAAGAAAAGCUUGGCAAGAAAUACAGCACAGAUGAGGAGAGUGAGUUCUCUGUGAAUGUUCAGUCUGUGGAUGGGUUUCAAGGCGGAGAAGCAGACGUGAUCAUCAUAUCUACAGUGCGGUCUAAUGAAAGGGGAACCGUGGGCUUCUUGUCCAACUUUCAGCGAACAAAUGUGGCUCUCACUCGAGCUAGAUACUGCCUUUGGGUAUUAGGCAACAGUGACACCUUGAUCAGUAGCAGUUCGGUUUGGAGGGACUUAGUAAUGGAUUCCAAGGCCCGUGGUUGCUACUACGAUGCCUGCCGUGACAAGAACCUGGAACAAGCAAUUGCAGACUCAUCUGAUGACUUAACAACUAAGAUUUCUGCAUUUAGCCUUAGGGAUGAACCUGGAUUUUCUUCCGAAUCCUUUUUGGAAUGGGAGGACCUUCUGAAUCAGAGCUUGGGUUUCACUUAA